AUGGCGGACAUCAAACCCCCGUUCACAAAAGAGACCGCACACAAAAAAGUCAAGGCAGCCCAGAACAUGUGGAACACCCAGGACCCUCCACGCGUUGCCCUGGCAUACACCCCAGAUUGCAUCUGGCGGAAUCGGACAUCAUUCCUGUCUGGUACUGAGGGGAUUGUGCAGUUCCUAACGGCCAAGUGGAAACGGGAGCAUAGCUAUCGGCUGCGUAAGGAACUUUUCGCGUUUAGCGAUGAUCGGAUUGCUGUGCAGUUUUGGUAUGAGUAUCAGGAUGCGGAUGAUGGGAUGCGCUGGAAGAGAUGUUACGGGUUGGAGGAUUGGACUUUUGAUUGGGAGACAGGGAAAAUGUGCAAGCGUAUGAUGAGUGGUAAUGAUCUGCUUCUUGGGCCGGAUGGUAAUGGUGAAGGGCGAUGGUUUGUGGAUGGAGUCAAUGUGGAUGAGGUUUUGAUCAGCGAGAAGCACUGGUGA